AUGGCUGCUUUGCACCAAGCAGCGAAGCUGGCGGCUUCCAAUUUCCACAUGCCGGUCAAUCCCAACAUCGGAGCGCGGGUCUCCCUGUACGAACCCAUAGACCCUUUACAGGCCUUGGCGGCGGCGGUGGACUCCUUGGAGGAGGAAGAAAAGGAAAAUGGGGUAGAGUCGGCUGGGAUGUCGGCUGAUUUUAACACCAACUUUUCUGGGGUGGAUGAACAUGCACCAAUAUGCUAUGAGGACUUUGUAAACUUUUCUGAUAUUUUACAAUCUAAUGAAGACUAUUUCAGGAAACUAGAAGAACUGAAGACUGCCCACAUACAAACUAUGGAAAAAUUAGAGAAAAUGUACCAGGAUAAAUUAAAUAUAAAGGUAUUUCAGCCAGUAAUCAUCAAGGAAAAUGGUCUUAGUAACUCUUCUAGAUCUGUAUCAGAAAAGAACGCCUAUCACCCCAUCUCGUUAAUGGCAUCGUAUUCUGAACCUGACUUAGGCCGUUCUUCUUCCUCAUAUAUAUCUUCCUCUGAAGAGGAAUUGCCCAGCCUAGAAAAAGAGUAUCCUGAGAAAAAUAGAGUGAUGACCUAUGCUAAGGAGCUUAUCAACAACAUGUGGACAAACUUUUGUGUUGAAGAUUAUAUUCACUGUAAAAAUAUUGACUUCCGACCAGCUGAAAAACCAAGGAAGAAAUCAAAACAGUGGGUGCCCACGAUUACAGUACCUGAGCCUUUUCAAAUGAUGAUUAGAGAACAGAAGAAAAAAGAAGAGGCCACGAAAUCUAAACCAGACAUUAAAAUGUUACAUAAACAGUUCAAAAACCAAGAGGAAGAUUCAGAGUGUAAAAAGAAAUUCCGAGCCAAUCCGGUUCCUGCAUCUGUCUUUCUCCCACUUUAUCAUGAGUUAGUCAAGCAAAAUGAAGAGCGGAGGAGGUUUCAGAAGGAGAAAAGCAAGGCAGCUCUUUUAGCCUCACAAAAGCCAUUUAAGUUUACUGCAAGGGAGGAAAAGAAGAGAGCAGCGCAAGAAAAGCAGCUGAGAGACUCUUUUAAGAAUAAAAAGAAAACAAAUCGAUUUAAAGCCAGACCUUUACCUCGAUCUAUUUAUAGUUCAAUUACUAAUGACAAGGUAAAAGAAGAAGAGGUCUAUGGAAGUAAUAGGACAUGGCUGAGAGCCCGAGAGCUUUCACGGAAUUUGUCCCCUGUCCUUUGUAGGUCAGCUUGUCAACUCAGGGAUCCUAAGAAUCUGGAACAGACUGUAAAAUCAAAGUGUAAAUGCAAGGAUAAGUGCCAGACUCCUGAUUUUGAAGACCUUCCUGAGAGAGAUCAGAAACUCCUCCCAGAACACAGAUAUUUGAGACUCUUAACAGUUGGUAAACCAUUUGAUCUUCAUGCAUCUUCACCUGACUCUAAUAAAAGAGAGAAAAUUUUGGCAGACAUUGAAGCAGAUGAAGAAAAUUUAAAAGAAACUCGUUGGCCUUAUUUGUCUCCAAGGCAAAAGUCACCAGUAAGAAGAACAAAUGCAAAGCUUUCCAGCUACAAUCCUCCAAUGCCCACAAUAUCUUCCAAAGGACGAGAGGAAGCCAUAAGGAGAGCACUUGAGGAAAAGAAAAUGUUGGAAGAAGAGAGAAAUCGGAUCCUAACUAAGCAGAAACAAAGAAUGAAAGAAUUGCAGAAACUCUUGACAAUCCGGGCUAAAGCUUAUGACUCACAUCAAAGUUUAGCUCAAGUGUCCAAAUCGCAAGUAAAAUAUCUCAGAAAAAGUGAAAAGGAAAGGAUGAAAGAGUAUCAACGAGAACUAGAAGAAAGAGAAGAAAAAUUAAAGCGCAGGCCACUACUGUUUGAAAGAGUCGCUCAGAAAAAUGCAAGAAUGGCAGCAGAAAAGCAUUAUUCUAACACCCUAAAAGCACUAGGAAUAUCUGAUGAGUUUGUUUCAGAGAAAGGCCAAACUGGAAAAGUAUUUGAGUACCUCAGCAAUCAAGAGACAAAAAGUUUCACUGAAGAUAAAGAAAGCUUUAAUGAAGAAGAAAAUACAGAAGAAAGAGAGAAUGAGGAAGAACAUUAUUUUGCUGAUACCAACAGCCAAGAUUCUUGCAAGGAAGAAGAUGAAGCUGACGAAGAAAGUGGAGAAGAGCAAUCAGUUGACGAAUAA